AUGAAAAGUCGAAUACUCACUGGCUUCGUAUUCUUAUUCGUUGUCACAGGAACCUUGACUAAGCAAUGCUUUGAAUGUUCACAGUGUCCUGAACCAUUCAAUGAAAAUGGACAGGGCGUCCGAAAGAUUUCUGUUGCAGAUCGGGAUUAUUGUGUGAAAAUAAUACGAAACGACGUUGUGGUGAAACGUAAUGGUGGCCCUAGUUGUCGACCGGUCGGUUUAACAACAUUUUGCUGUAAAGAUGACUUGUGUAAUGGAGCCGAAUCAGCUAUAAUCAGUGUGAAAUUAUUGGCAGCGAUGGUCACGUUAUUUUUUACUCCUCGAUUUAUGUCUUAG